CUGCCACCUCUGCUCUGUCUGGGACCCUCCAUUAAGGGAAUAACAGGCAGCCCAGGGCCUGAAAAACAAACCAUGAAGCUCAGCGAGAAGGACCCAGCAGAAAACAAAGAAAGCCAGCAGAAGAGGAAGGUGGACUGGUCCUGGUCGCUCGUUGUGGCCGCUCUCGUGGGAGCCUUCGGAUCCUCCUUCCUCUACGGCUACAACCUCUCGGUGGUGAACGCGCCCACGCCGUAUAUCAAGGCCUUUUACAAUGAAACCUGGUACAGAAGACAUGGACAUCCCAUAGACCCGGAUACCUUGACCCUGCUCUGGUCUGUGACUGUGUCCAUAUUCGCAAUUGGUGGCCUGGUGGGGACGCUGAUGGUGAAGAUCAUCGGAAAGUUUCUUGGGAGGAAGUACACGUUGCUGGUCAAUAAUGGAUUUGCAGUUUCUGCAGCGUUGCUGAUGGCCUGCUCACUGCGGGCAGGAACCUUUGAACUGCUCAUCGUGGGACGGUUCAUCAUGGGUGUGGAUGGAGGCAUCGCACUCAGUGCGCUCCCCAUGUACCUCAAUGAGAUCUCACCCAAGCAGAUCCGGGGCUCCCUGGGCCAGGUGACUGCCAUCUUCAUCUGCAUUGGCGUGUUUGUGGGGCAGCUGCUGGGCUUACCUGAGCUCCUGGGAAAGGAGAGCACCUGGCCAUACCUGUUUGGAGUGAUCGUUGUCCCUGCCUUGGUCCAGCUGGCAAGCCUGCCACUUCUCCCUGAGAGCCCACGCUACCUCCUCCUUGAAAAGCACGAUGAGGCAGGAGCCAUGAAAGCCUUCCAAACAUUUCUGGGCAAAGCAGAUGUCUCCCGAGAGCUGGAGGAGGUACUGGCCGAGAGCCGUGUGCAGAGGAACCUCCGCCUGAUGUCCGUGCUGGAGCUGCUGAGGGCGCCUUUUGUCCGCUGGCAGGUCAUCACCGUUGUCAUCACCAUGGCCAGCUACCAGCUAUGUGGACUCAAUGCGAUCUGGUUCUACACCAACAGCAUCUUUUCCAAAGCUGGGAUCCCUCAGGACAAGAUCCCAUACAUCACCCUGAGCACUGGUGGAAUUGAGACGCUAGCUGCCAUCUUCUCUGGCCUGGUCAUAGAGCGCCUAGGACGAAGACCUCUCCUCAUUGGUGGCUUCGGGCUGAUGGCCCUCUUCUUUGGGACCCUCACUGUGACGCUGACCCUGCAGGACCAAGCCCCAUGGGUCCCUUACCUAAGCAUUGUGUGCAUCUUGGCCAUCAUCGCCUCAUUCUGCAGCGGCCCAGGUGGGAUCCCAUUCAUCCUGACCGGAGAGUUCUUCCAGCAGUCAGAGCGACCGGCAGCCUUCAUUAUCGCAGGCACAGUCAACUGGCUCUCCAACUUCGCUGUGGGGCUCCUUUUCCCCUUCAUCCAGAAAAGCCUGGACUCCUACUGCUUCCUUGUCUUUGCCGCGGUGUGUAUCACAGGGGCUAUCUACUUUUAUUUUGUCCUCCCUGAGACCAAGAACAGAACCCAUGCAGAAAUCAGUCAGUCAUUCGCCAAGAGGAACAAGGCUCACCCCCCAGAGGUGAAGACUGACUCAGCCAUGGCAGAGGAGAAGGCUAACAGCCAGCCUGAGCCAGAUCCAUCCUCCACGCUAGACAGCCAUGGCCAAAACCAAAUGUCUAAAUGUGUGUUCUCACUUCAGUAAUCCAAGGCUUUCCCAAAACUUAGAAGGUUUCAGCUGAUUGAAGCCAUAUGAGACUGUUGUACUGGGGUGUUAGGAAGAAGCCUGAGGGAAUCAGACCUCACAUCUGUUUCUUCACAGCUGCCCCUUCCAAACUCCCCUUGGAAGCAUUCCCUAGGUUUGGUACUUUCAGCAUUCUAUACAGACCAAAGGCUGCCUCCUUCAUGACUGAACUUGUAGUUUUGAAAUAAAGUUGGAGGAAAGGCAUCAGGUUGCCCACUCAGAGGAAAGUCUUCUGGUCUGAUGGACACUCGUCGUAAAGGGAAUGACAGCCGGGGCUUGUCCAAGCUGUGCUGUUGCUAAGCAACCCUGCCCAACCUGCCCUUGGCCUCCAGUCUCUAAGGACCUGGACCUUGGUCCUGCCUGGAAGUGUUCCAACUUCCAUGGGAAGAUUCUUUGUCCACACUAACAAAUGCCUGUUGCUAAUCUGCCUCUACCCUGUGGACUUGAGGCUUAGGAACACCUCAUUCCAACCCACCAUGCUGCUGAUCCUACCAACACAGGCUUUGUCCCCAGCGCUCAAGGCUGCCAGGUCUGGGGCUGUCUUUAGUUCAGACUAUUACAGAGAGCACACAGAAGAACAAUAAAUAAUAUGAGAACAAACUUUCUGGAAAGUAGGGGGCAGAGACUGCAAGUUGAGCUCUGACACUGAAAAUGACUCUAAGACUAAACCUAGGUUUGAUGGGAAAGAACACUGGGAUUGAUUGGUAAUGCCUGCCCUGGAUGCAGAAAUGACAGUCUCUGCUCCUGAGCCUCGCGUUUGUAAUGUGAAGGAGAUUCAUCUUCAGAAGUCACAAGCUGCCUGGAAAGACACUCGCCGUCACUCAUAGUGCUCAGGUGAAGGCUGGGAGAAUCACCUGCCUUAACAGUUGUUAAUGGAGUCCAAGAGUCGGUUCUAGAGUAGGGUGUUUGAGUGGGUGUCUGGUUGGAGCAACUUGCAUUUUGCCGUCAUUAUGUGUAGCUCAUCGUUUGGCUGAGUCCCUUCUUCUGCCUCUAAAACAAAGUGCCUAUGUAGCUGAGAGUUUUCCUGUGUCCCACCUGGCCUGCAGUCAGGACAAAUAUCUCUCACUCAUCAGUCCCGCAGCCGCUCAGACCCAAGUAAACACACAGUUAUUUACAAACUGUAUGGCCAUUAGCUCAAGCUUAUUACUGACAAGCUCUUACACUUAAAUUAACCCAUAAUUCUUAUUUAUGUUUAGCCACGUGGCUUGGUACCUUUUCUCAGUUCUGCCUUCACAUCUUGCUUCCUCUUGUCUGACUGGCAACUCCUGACUCAACCUUCCUCUUCUUCCCAGAAUUCUCCUUGUCUGCUUAUCCUGCCUAUACUUCCUGCCUGGCUACUGGCUAAUCAGCAUUUUAUUUAUCAACCAAUUAGAACAACACAUUCACAGCAUGCAGAGCGACAUUGCCCAUCAUACCUAUGACAAAUGUCAUAAGUAAAUGGUAGGUACUUAAAGUGGCAUUAGUGUGUGUAAGUUUAAGAUGCAUGGUACCAGACAGAGAAGUCCCCAGGCCAGGCAACACUGCUGUUUUCCUGACUAUUCUAGAUGAGGGUGACCUUAACCAAAACCUGUGCUCUGAUUUUUCCUGCCCUGUUGAAGACUCUUCAUCUGGGCCUCUUCAUGGGUGCAUUCCCAGCUCAGAGCACCAUGCCAUGCAGCAUUGGUUUGAACAGUGUGUUUAAGUAUGGAGAGAACGUAACACAUGGAUUUGACAAAUGCCCGUCACAAAGGGAGCCGAGUAACUUGUAAAACAGAAAUCCUAACAUCUGAAAGCUGUCCUUCACUUGGAGAUUUACGUAUUCUGUCAAUAAAUAUUUAUUAGUCAGUAACCAGUCUGCUUUGGCUGGAUACUGAAAAUACAUCUAUGAGCAAGGAAAUACCAGGCUGUGACCUAGACACUGUCAUGUCUGACAGAAAAGAUGGAAAGUCAAAGCACCAACGAUGAGGUGUAGUGUGAUCAGUACUGGGGUAACAGUGGUAUGGGAACUUCCGACAGGAGGAAGAGUUGGGGUGGCAGCUGAGAGUGCCUUCUCAGACAAGGGACAGAGCAGAGCCAGGACCAGUGUGACCAUGAGGUCAGAGGUGGUUAUUGCAUGUUCUUAUAUUUGAAAUUAUAAUAAAGCCACACUAAGGGCACUUUUUGAAAAAUGAAUCUCAUAAUAAAACUGAUCAUCUCACAUGCUUCAUUGUUUUACUUUUUGCACAGCCCUGUUCAUUUCCUGCCUGGUGUUAAUCCACUUACACACACA